GUAUUAUGUGGUUAGACUACUACAACUUAUUAGUAUGUAUAUCCUGAACAGUUGAAAGUAAUUGUGUUGACAAAUCAUGAUACAAUGUCUGGUAUACCUGAAGCCCAGGAAGCAGCUUUCAGAUAUGGGAUCAAGAUUGUUCCAGGAGUUGAAGUUAGCGCAGUUUUCUGUCCAAGUGGAGAGAUGGGAUCAGAAGAACCAGUUCGUAUUCUUGCACACUAUAGUGUGUGGGACCAAUAAGGAUAGACGAAUUAGUGAAGCUGAUACUUGCAUAAGGAAUGGACGUUUCCUAAGUGCAAAGAGCAUGGUUUCAAAAUUAAACAAACUGAAGCUAUCUCUCAAGUGGGAGCAUAUAACCAAGAUUGCAGGCACAGGUGUUGCUCCUGAGAGGCUGCAUGUUGCUCGUGCUUUGGUUGAAGCAGGCCAUGUAGAGAACCUAAAACAGGCCUUUUCAAGAUAUCUUUAUGAUGGUGGAUCUGCUUAUUCCACUUCUGGCACAUCCCUGGGCGCUAAAAUCCCCGGUUGCCGUGAUCAGAAGGCUAACAAAAGCAGGCUUGCAUGGAAUAGACUCUUGCAGAAGUGAUGGAAAACUGGCAGUGCAGCGAUUGUGCUGAUGCAUAUGGUCUUGUGAAGCUUGGAGGAUCAGAUUACCGUGGGAGAGGUGGACAGCAUGAAUCUGAUGUGGGGAGUGUGAGGCUUCCCAUGUCAUCGGUGCAUGAGUUUCUUAAGGUCGCCAUACCAAUUUGGUUCAAAGGCUACUGUAGAUAAUCUUGGAAAAAUGUCAAAGAUCCCAAUGAUGCAAAUUUACAUUUUAUAAUCAUGUUUAGCUGCAAUCACGCAAUGUAUUGACAAUCUGCACGUAAUGUAUUGACAAGUUUAGCCACAAUCACGCAAUGUAUUGACAAAUCUGCACGGAAA